GAUCGCACGGCGGCCUCUGCGCCUGCGCCAGGGCGCAAGGUGGGGCCGCCGGCGCCGGGACUCCGGAGUGCGCACAGUGGUGGGGGGCAACGGUCAACCGUCGCCCUGAGGCGGCUGGCGGCGAGAUGGCGUCGGCCUCUGGAUCCUCGGACUUGGCCGGCUCUGGAGCGCCCCCACCUGGUGGGGGAGCCCAGGCGGCGGCGGCUGAGGAGGAGGAGCGAGAGGUGGUACGGGUCCGAGUCAAGAAGUGUGACAGCUUCUUGCCACCGGAGUUCCGCUCUUUUGCCGUCGACCCCCAGAUCACCUCACUCGAUGUAUUGCAGCACAUCCUCAUCCGAGCCUUUGAUUUGAAUGGGCCUCCAGGGCACAGGGGGCACUUGAGAGCUGCCACACCUCCUCUGUCCAGGAAGAAGAACUUUGGCAUCAGCUACCUGGGUCGGGAUCGGCUAGGGCAGGAAACUUACCUCUCACUCCUGUCUGACUGGGACCUCAGCACAGCCUUCGCCACAGCCUCCAAACCUUAUCUGCAGCUUCGGGUGGAUAUUCGGCCCACCGAGGACAGCCCUCUCCUGGAAGACUGGGACAUAAUCAGCCCCAAGGAUGUCAUUGGUUCUGACGUGCUACUGGCUGAGAAAAGGUCAUCGCUGACAACAGCUGCCUUGCCCUUCACGCAGUCUAUCCUCUCUCAGGUGGGCCGCACCUUGUCUAAGGUCCAACAGGUGCUGAGCUGGUCAUAUGGAGAAGAUGUCAAGCCCUUCAAGCCACCCCUGAGCGAUGCUGAGUUUCACACAUACCUGAACCAUGAGGGCCAGCUCUCCCGCCCUGAGGAGUUGCGCCUGCGGAUCUAUCAUGGUGGUGUUGAGCCCUCUCUACGAAAGGUGGUAUGGCGGUACCUAUUGAACGUAUACCCCGAUGGGCUGACAGGCCGUGAGCGGAUGGACUACAUGAAACGCAAGAGUCGCGAGUAUGAACAGCUCAAGAGUGAGUGGGCACAACGAGCAAGCCCUGAAGACUUGGAAUUCAUCCGCAGCACAGUCCUCAAGGAUGUGCUGCGUACAGACCGGGCCCACCCCUACUAUGCGGGGCCUGAGGAUGGCCCACACCUGCGGGCACUGCACGACUUGCUUACCACCUAUGCUGUUACCCACCCACAGGUGUCCUACUGUCAGGGCAUGAGUGACCUUGCCUCACCCAUCCUCGCUGUCAUGGACCAUGAAGGCCAUGCCUUCGUCUGCUUCUGUGGCAUCAUGAAACGCCUGGCCGCAAACUUCCAUCCUGACGGCCGCGCCAUGGCCACCAAGUUUGCCCAUCUCAAGUUGCUGCUGCGGCAUGCCGAUCCUGACUUUUACCAGUACUUACAGGAAGCUGGUGCCGACGACUUAUUCUUCUGUUACCGCUGGCUGCUGCUUGAACUCAAGCGUGAGUUUGCCUUUGAUGAUGCCCUCCGCAUGCUUGAGGUCACCUGGAGUUCGCUGCCCCCUGAUCCUCCAGAACAUGAGGUAGAGCUCGUCGGACCCCCCAGCCAAGUGGCAGACGCUGGCUUCAGUGGCCACAGGGGGCGGCCCGUACGACAGAGGCACAUGCUGAGGCCUGCUGGUGGAGGAGGCAGUGCUUUUGAAGAUGCUGUUGACCACUUGGUCACGACCAGCCAGGGGCCUGGUGGCGGGGGGCGUCUCCUGAGACAAGCCAGUCUGAAUGACCUCCAGCAACUCAGGGAUAACACAGGCUCCAAGAGGGACCCUCUGGUUCAGCUGCCCCCACCAGCUGCCCUCAUCAGCUCCAAGUCCCUCUCCGAGCCUUUAUUGAACUCCUCAGACCCACUAUUCUCCUCCUCUUCCCGCCCUGACUCCCCAUCCUCCUCAUCUCCACCAUCCACCCAGGAGGCCUCUCCCGCUGGUGAUGUGGCUGCAGGAUCCCCCUUGAUGCCAGAGCUGGGCUCCCCACAAGAACCUGGGAAGUCCCUGCCACCCCCGCCCCCACUGGGCCUGCCCCCACCCCAGGAAUUUGGCCGGGGGAACCCAUUUAUGCUCUUCCUCUGCCUUGCCAUCCUGCUGGAGCACCGCGACCACAUCAUGCGCAAUGGGCUAGAUUACAAUGAGCUGGCCAUGCACUUUGACCGCCUUGUGCGAAAACACCACCUGGGGCGCGUCCUUCGCCGGGCCAAGGCUCUCUUUGCUGAUUACCUGCAGUCAGAGGUGUGGGACUCAGAGGAGGGGGCUGAGGCCACAGCCCCAUCUUGAUCAGGCUCCUUCCAGCCCACCAUCAGCCCCACCAGAUCUCUGUUCUUUGCCAUGAGAGCCUAUACAUGAGACCCCAGCUCCCUGCCUGCCAGCCCUAGACCCGUUGGGAGGGCAGGACCCUUUCUCCCCAGGUCUGAGAGUAUGGGGCUCUGCUUUGGCACUGCCCCAUGGAGGCCAUGGCCUCCUUUCUCAAUUUAUGUUGUUUUGUUUUUAACAACUGUACUUUGCACACAUGAAGGUCAUUUGGUCUGUGUA